UUCCAGGUCUGGGAUUCUUUGCAGCGAACGAGACAAGGCUGGACACGAUUUCAGCCAUAUUCGGCUUCAGAGAGAACCACACCGGCUAGUUCAAACUAGCACAGAGGGGUUCACCUACGAAAAAACUGCCACUCCCAAAUUUUUCGUGGACUCAUUUCCUUAGUUUUAGACUAUUUCUAGACUUAUCCCUGGCAUGCGAAGAGGUUGAUGGUCUAGCAGAUGAGAGAAUGGGCGGCCGGUCAACCUGAGAUUCGACGGGGGAAAACGACAUCCCGUUUUCUAACGUUAAGUGGAAAGUACAGAUUUGUCAGGAUUAAAGCAAAUGGGACCGACUGGGCCUCGAAUCUGAGAGACGGGAGCAAAGUGGCGACGACAGCAACCACGGGCCGAGAUUAAAUAGUCCACUAACAUAAGAAAAAUAUAAUGUUGGGGUUAUUUUGCUAGCUAGCUAGCUUUAGGCUAGCUAGCAAGUUGGAGUCUGGAACUUCAGUGCUCCACAUCUGCCAAAUUACUCUUUAUUUUUUGGCUGCGCCGAAGGGGUGCAGGGAAACAUUAAUCUCCUCUAUUACCAACACGGGGAGCAUUUUUCGGACGCAGGGAGUGGUAGCCAACGUGCUAGCUAAUUGUUAAGAAAAUGUCUGCGAAGGUGCGCCUGAAGAAGUUGGAGCAGUUGCUGUUGGAUGGUCACCAAAAGAAUGCAAGUUCACUCAGCGUCGAAACCCUUCUGGAUAUUUUAAUAUGUUUGUACAACGAAUGCACCAAUUCCCCAUUAAAACGGGAGAAGCACGUGACGGAAUUCUUGGAAUGGGUGAAGCCGUUCACCACCACAGUGAAGGAGAUGCGUCUCCAUCGAGACGACUUCGAGAUGCUGAAGGUUAUUGGACGUGGAGCCUUCGGAGAGGUUGCUGUGGUAAAGAUGAAAAACACAGAACGGGUCUACGCUAUGAAAAUCCUCAACAAGUGGGAGAUGCUGAAAAGAGCUGAGACGGCCUGUUUCCGGGAGGAGAGGGACGUCCUGGUUAACGGAGACUGCCAGUGGAUCACCACCCUACACUAUGCCUUCCAGGAUGACAAUUACCUGUACCUGGUCAUGGACUACUACGUUGGGGGUGACCUGCUGACCCUGCUGAGUAAGUUUGAGGACCGCCUCCCGGAGGACAUGUCCAAGUUCUACGUGGCAGAGAUGGUGCUCGCCAUCCACUCUAUCCACCAGCAGAACUACGUGCACAGGGACAUCAAGCCAGACAAUGUUCUGCUGGACAUGAAUGGACACAUCCGCCUGGCUGACUUCGGUUCCUGUCUUAGAAUGAUGCCCGAUGGCACGGUCCAGUCGUCGGUUGCCGUGGGAACCCCGGACUACAUCUCUCCGGAGAUCCUGCAGGCAAUGGAGGACGGAAUGGGGAAGUAUGGGCCAGAGUGCGACUGGUGGUCCCUGGGCGUCUGCAUGUACGAGAUGCUCUACGGAGAGACCCCCUUCUACGCAGAGUCACUUGUGGAGACCUACGGCAAGAUCAUGAACCACGAGGAGCGUUUCCAGUUCCCCUCCCACAUCACGGACGUGUCGGAGGACGCCAAGGACCUGAUCCAGCGGCUCAUCUGCAGUCGAGAGCGCCGCCUGGGCCAGAACGGCAUCGAGGAAUUCCGUCGGCACCCCUUCUUCGCUGGCAUAGACUGGGAGAACAUCCGCAACACCGAGGCGCCGUACAUCCCCGAUGUCAGCUCGCCCUCCGACACAUCCAACUUCGACGUAGACGACGACGUCCUGAAAAACCCUGACAUUGCACCGCCCAUGUCCCACACGGGCUUCACCGGUCAGCACCUGCCCUUCGUGGGCUUCACCUACACCACAGACAGCUGCUUCUCGGACUGCGGCACGGUGCGCCUGUCUGCGCUGCCCGGUACAGGGGGCUCGGCGACAGUGGAGGCGGACGGUGGCCUGCAGGUGGAGGCCUUCGAAAGGAGGAUCCGCAGCCUGGAGAAGGAGAACCAGGAGCUGAACCGCAAGCUGCAGGAAUCAGCACAGGCUGGCGGGUCAGGUCGCGGGACCAGCACCUUGGGCCGAGACAAGGAGAUCAAGAAGCUCAACGAGGAGAUUGACCGUCUGAAGAAGAAACUAGCCGACUCUGACAGGCUGGAGCACCAGCUGGAGGAGGCGGUGACCCUGCGCCAGGACUACGAGAGCUCCUCCACCAAGCUCAAGGCCCUGGACAAGCAGGUCAAGGCCCUGCGGCAGGAGAAGGAGGAGAUCCACAAGCAACUGGUGGAGUCUCUGGAGCGCCUGAAGUCCCAGACGAAGGAGCUGAAGGACGCGCACCAGCAGCGCAAGCUGGCCAUGCAGGAGUUCUCCGAUCUGAACGAGCGCAUGGCCGAGCUGCGCUCGCAGAAGCAGCGGCUCUCGCGCCAGCUCCGCGACAAGGAGGAGGAGAUGGACGUGGUCAUGCAGAAGCUGGACACCAUGCGCCAGGACAUCCGCAAGACCGACAAGGCCCGCAAGGAGCUGGAGGGUCAGCUGGAGGAUGCCAAGGCGGACGCCUCCAAGGAGCGCAAGCUGCGUGAGCACAGCGAGGUCUACUCCAAACAGCUGGAGAGUGAGCUGGAGAGCCUAAAGAUGAAGCAGGGCACUGGCCGUGCCUCCGGCCUGAGCGCGGACGCGCAACAGGAGCUGUCCAAGCUGAAGUCGGAGCUGGACAAGAAGGUGCUGUUCUACGAGGAGGAGCUGGUCCGGCGCGAGGCCUCGCACACCAGCGAGAUGAAGAACCUGCGCAAGGAGCUGCACGACUCCGAGGGACAGCAGCUGUCGCUGCACAAGGAGCUGCUCAUGCUCAAGGACAAGCUGGAGAAGGCCAAGCGCGAGAGGCAAACCGAGAUGGACGAGACUGUGGGCGCGCUGAAGGUGAAGGGCGAGCGCGACCGCAACCUGCUGACCGAGGAGAACCGCAAGCUGACGUCCGAGAACGACAGGCUGUGCACGUUUGUGGACAAGCUGACUACCCAGAACCGUCAGCUGGAGGAUGAGCUGCAGGACCUGGCCUCCAAGAAGGAGAGUGUUGCUCACUGGGAAGCUCAGAUUGCUGAGAUCAUCCAGUGGGUGAGUGAUGAGAAGGACGCUCGUGGCUACCUGCAGGCCUUGGCCUCCAAGAUGACCGAGGAGCUGGAGUCUCUACGCAGCUCCAGCCUCGGAUCCCGACCUCUGGACCCCUUGUGGAAGGUGCGUCGCAGUCAGAAGCUGGACAUGUCGGCCCGUCUGGAGCUGCAGUCGGCGCUGGACGCAGAGAUCCGGGCCAAGCAGCUGGUCCAGGAGGAGCUCCGCAAAGUCAAGGCGUCCAACAUCGCCCUGGAGAGCAAGCAGAAGGAGCUGGAGGCCAAGACCAAGGAAAUGGAGGAGCAGUUGGACAACCUGAAAAAAGACUUGGAGGAGAGCCGCUCACGCUCCGACAAAGGCUUAAAGCUGCCUGACUUCCAGGACUCCAUCUUUGAGUACUUCAACACUUCCCCUCUGGCCCAUGACUUGACCUUCAGGACCAGCUCAGUCAGCGAGGUCGACGCCACACCCCAGAAGUCGGACGUUCCCUCCUCCUCCCCUUCGGUCUCCUCGGAGCAGGAAGAGCCUCCCAAGCUCCCGGCCGCCACCCCCCCUGCUCCGUCUCCUGCUUAUCAGUCCUCUCUGCUGACCACACCAAAGCCCAAAGCUCACCAGCUGAGCAUCAAGACCUUCUCCAGCCCCACCCAGUGUACCCACUGCACCUCCCUGAUGGUGGGCCUGAUCCGACAGGGCUACGCCUGUGAGGUGUGCUCCUUCAUCUGCCAUGUGUCGUGUAAGGAUAACGCCCCGCUGGUCUGCCCCAUACCCCCAGAGCAGGCCAAGAGGCCCCUGGGCAUCGAUGUCCAGAGGGGCAUUGGAACAGCCUACAAGGGCUUCGUCAGGAUCCCCAAACCCACUGGAGUGAAGAAGGGUUGGCAGCGGGCCUACGCUGUGGUGUGUGAUUGCAAGCUCUUCCUGUACGAGGUGCCCGAGGGGAAGUCCACCCAGCCCGGCGUGAUGGCCAGCCAGGUCCUCGACCUGAGAGAUGAGGAGUUCUCUGUGAGCUCAGUCCUGGCCUCUGAUGUGAUUCAUGCCACACGCAAAGAUGUCCCCUGCAUAUUUCGGGUGACGUCGUCUCUGCUGAGUUCCCCGGCGGGGGUGCGGGCCGUGUCGCUGCUGGUGCUGGCUGAGAGCGAGGCGGAGAAGAGGAAGUGGGUGGGCAUCCUGGAGGGCCUGCAGAGCAUCCUGGCCAAGAACCGCCUGCGCAACCGCGUGGUACACGAGCUGCUCGAGGCCUACGACAGCAACCUGCCCGCCAUCAAGACCAUGCUUUCCGCCGCCGUUGUCGAUCGAGAGCGCAUCGCCCUGGGCACAGAGGAAGGCCUGGUUGUGGUGGAGGUGACCAGAGAUGUGAUCGUGCGCGCGGCCGACUGUAAGAGGGUCCAGCAGAUCGAGCUCAUCCCCAAAGAGAAGAUGUUGGCCCUCCUGUGCGGCCGCAACCGCCACGUGCACCUGCACCCGUGGGGGGCGCUGGAGGGCACCGAGGGCACCUUCGACAUCAAGCUGACCGAGACCAAGGGGUGCCAGGCGCUGGUGACCGGCACUCUCCGCCCCGGCGGCCCCGCCUGCCUGCUGGCGGCGGUCAAGCGCCAGGUGCUGUGCUACGAGAUCACGCGCGCCAAGCCGCACCACCGCAAGCUGUGGGAGGUGCAGGCGCCCGGCACCGUCCAGUGGCUGGGCAUGGUGCGCGAGCGGCUGUGCGUGGGCUACCCGUCGGGCUUCGCGCUGCUGGCGCUGCAGGGCGAGUCGUCGCCCGUGAGCCUGGUGAGCCCCGGCGACCCGUCGCUGGCCUUCCUGGCGCAGCAGCCGCUGGACGCGCUCCACGCCAUGGAGGUGGGCGCCAACGAACUGCUGCUCUGCUUCAGCCAGCUGGGCAUCUACGUGGACGCGCAGGGCCGGCGCUCGCGCACACAGGAGCUCAUGUGGCCCGCCACACCACUAGCCUGCAGUUCCAACUCCACCUACCUGACCGUGUACAGUGACUACGGAGUGGACGUGUUUGAUGUCCACACCAUGGAGUGGGUCCAGACCAUCUCCCUGAGGAAGAUCCGACCUCUGAAUGUGGAGGGCAGUCUGAACCUGCUUGGCACUGAGCAACCACACCUCAUCUACUUCAGCAACAACUCACCAGAGGGCUGUGAGUUGUCCAUCCCUGAGACGUCGGAGAACAGCAAGAAGCUGAUGGUGCGCACGCGCAGCAAGAGGAAGUUCCUCUUCAAGGUGCCCGAGGAGGAGCGGCUACAGCAGAGGAGAGAGAUGCUCCGAGACCCCGAGCUGAGGUCCAAGAUGAUCUCCAACCCGACCAACUUCAACCACGUGGCGCACAUGGGACCAGGGGACGGCAUGCAGGCCCUCAUGGACCUGCCUCUGCAGCCGAGUGAGUCUCCCUCCCCCUCCUCCUCCCGCCACCACGCCCUGAUCUCCCCGCCGACCAACUUUGAGCACGUCUACCACCUGAGCUGUGCCUCGGCCGGGCUCUACCUGCAGAAGGAGCCGUCCUCGCAGACGAGCCUGCCGCAACUCUCCUCCUCUUCCUCCUCUCCCUCCACCUCCUCCCUGGGAAGGAGUGUGAUGCACUCUUCCCAGGACGACGCAGCCAAGGAUAAGCCCCGUCCACUCUCCACCAUCUCCCGACAGCAGAGGAGCAAGACCCACAUCACACGCACCGCUUCUGGAGGAGGUGACUUUGUAGGCGCUGGCUCGUCCCGUAAUAUAUCUGACCCAGACGCUGACUUUGAUAGAGAGCCUGACUCGGACUCCACCAAACACUCCACCCCUUCCAACUCCUCGAACCCCAGCAGCCCCCCGAGCCCCAACUCACCCCACCGCAGUCAGCUCACCCUUGACGGGCUCGACCACGCCCUGGAUGGCUGAGGAUCUCUGGCCCACACACACUCACAGAAACACGCAAUCACUCACACACACACACACACGCAGUCACACGCUCAAACCUAUCCCAUGCAACUAGGAACAUUACAAGUGCCAAGAGCAGACUCAGACUCCCACACUACCACAAAACUAUAAAACAAAAAAGAAAACACACACUCAAACAUGCAUUGUUUUAUUUUAUUUUUAUUUUUAUUUGUUUGAGGACCUCACCACCACAUCAGCAAGGCUGAAAGAAAAACGACAAAACAUAGAAAACCAAGUCCUGUCUGUCACUUGGAUCCAAUGAUAUUAAUGCUGGUGGUUGGGCUUGAGUGCAGGGUGGGUAUAUAUGUGUAAUGAUAUAUUUUACCGUGCUGCAAACUUAAGGCAGCCAUUUUGGAAUUGUCAGCAGAAAAAAAAGACUGUCCUUCAUUUGAGGAGCAGGUUGUAUUUUAGCCUACAGGGUCAAAUAACUGAUGUUAGACUUUUAAAAGAGAAAAUAAUUCCAUGCCAUUUUCCUGUGACAUUUUGUUUUUCUUUUUUUCUUUUUUUUUUUUUAUUUAGUAAAAUUGCAAAUAUUUAGAGAAAUACUGCAGAGAGCUGUAUAUGCAUCAGGAUGUUGAGGUUGGCGACUCCCAGAGAGAGAAGUCCUGGUCUGUCCCUACCACUGCCUGAUCACAGCAACAGCUCAAAGAAAACAGAAAAAAAGAGGGCGAGAUGGGGAAUGAGAGACUUGAGUUUGUUUUUAAACUUUUCUCCUGCGGCGGUGAACUUCUCCGAUGGUGAGGAAAGGAGAGAGUGGUCCGUCACGGAACUACGGAAGCCGAGCCUGCAUCAGCGGUUCUGGAAUCUGUUUCAGGAUCUUUCUUCCGUAUAUCUGGACUCUGGAGUGAAAGCAGUACAGAAGAGAAUGAACAGCUAAAUGAUCGAUGUUUACCAGACUCUGGGAGUCUGUGGCGUUCAUUCACCAGACUGGAGGUUUUUAGCCAAACCCAGUGGGCACUUUUAUUGCAUUUUUGUUCUCUCUCAAUUAUACAGUUUCACACAGCCUUUGUAACAUUCAUGUUUUAACCUUAGGUAAAUUUGCCACAAUAUAUCAAGCCGCAUCAUGUGAAUAAGAGGGAAAAAAUGGGGGUAAAAGAAAUUAAAGAAAAAAAGACUUUUAAAAAAAAAAGUCGGACUUAAUAGAUGAUGCAACUUGUUUUAAGAAAAAAAAAAAGAAUAAAGAGAGAAUGGAACACACACACACACAAAACCCAUAGGAUUAAACUGCUACACUCUUCAGCUGCUGCUGCUGCUUAAAUCUAUGUGCUACAUUUAAGGCUGGUGCGACCCCCCCCCCCCCCCCCCCCACACACACACACACACACACACACACACACCGCCCCGCCCAACCCUACCCUCUCAGAACCUGCUCACUACCAACUUUGUUGAGCUCCAUGAACUUCACAUGGCGUCCAAUAAUGUAGAGGCAACAUGGGAUGGACUCUCACCUCUAUACGUAUAUAUAUAUAUAUAUAUAUGAAUAUACACUUAACCCACUACACAAACCACCCACCCUUACCUACAUUGUCUGAUGUUCACUUUGCUUUUGAAUUUAAGAAGAGAAAAAAAAUGACAAUAUUUCUAAUAUGUUGGGUUUCUUCUUUUUUUUUUUUUUAAUCACACACACACACACCCACAUUCACGUUAUUGUGUGCCUUCACGGCCCUACCACGUUACAAACAGACUGCAAACAGACUGUCCCCUUAAGCAUUUCAAGUUGUCUUUGUAUGACGUAUGAUGAUGGCAAUGUUUUUCAGUUGAGUUAUCGUUCAUUCCCCCUCUCCUCCCCAGACUUUCAGAAACACUGUAUGAAACUUGCACAUGUUUUAGUCCAAGGAAAUUCUCUUGAUUGUUUUUUUUUUUGUGUGUGUAUUGGCGUUUGUGUGAGUGUGUGUGUGAGUGUGAGUGAGUGUACUUAAUGCCCUACCCUACUCAACCCAGCUGCUCUUACCCAAGAGAACAGGACUGACUUCCUCCGUACACUACUGCUUUUUUUUCCUUUAAAAAAAAAAAAUCACAAGUUGGAAUCUUUGUAAUUAUUGAAUUGUUAGCCUCAUAAAUUUGAACAAACAAUAAAGAGUAUCUGUUGUG